AGGGACAAAAAGAGCGUAUUAACGUUAGAUCUAAAGUAAUGUCCUUUCAUCCUUUGCCAUGGUCGAUGACGACGCAAGUAGAGUCGCUCCACAUCCACACGUGUAAGCAUGUCGUUUUAACACAUUACAGAGAAACAACUGCAGAAAGCUCUUCGAUUCCUCCGCUUCACAAAGACCAAAACUCUUGCAUCUUGGUACUUGUCUCUCUGAGAAUGACAUUCAUUGUACUCGUGUAGAGAUCCUGAGAAGAGACAAAGAAAAAAGAAAAAAAAAAAAGAGAUGUUAGGAAGAUCCAGAACCGGAGGGGGAAGCUUCCGACCAGAAAAUAUAGGGCAAAGCGCAGUGAACUUAAUCGGAAGCAUAGGCUUCUCUUUGUUGGUCAUCGGAGUCGUGGUUUUCACCAUUAUCGCUGCAACAUACGAACCAGAAGAUCCGCUUUUUCACCCAUCUGACAAAAUCACAACUUUCCUCACAUCUAAUUCAAACGCUACUCUUCAAUCCGAUGACACUGUUGUUAAAACCGGCGAAGAUUUCAUGGCGGCGAACCAAACCGCGUUCGCUGGAUUCAUCAACAUAGCUGAUGUCGAGACUUCUGAGAAUGAUUCCGAUGCGAAUCAGCUGGAUUGUGAUACCAGCAUCCCAAUUGAUUGCAAAGAUCCUGAAGUUUUUCACUUGAUGAUGAAAGCUACUAUAGACAAGUUCAAAGACAUUCACUUUUAUAAGUUUGGUAAACCUGCAGCUGUGGAAGGUGCUACUUCUUGUGAUAUGGCUUGGCGUUAUAGGCCUAAAGAUGGCAAAACGGCUGCGUUUUAUAAGGAUUACCGUAGGUUUGUGAUUGAAAAGUCUGAGAAUUGUAGUGUUAGUGUGAUGGGGAUAGGUGAGUAUCAUUCAGGUGUGAAUGCUAGGAAGAGGAAGAGGAGUUUGAAACCCGGGUUUGAGAAAAAUUUUGGGGGUAAGGUUGAUGAUUUCUCAUUGCCUGUGGUUGGUGAAGCAGUUAAUGAUUCACUUCCUGUGGUUGAGUCUGAGACUGCCUUUAUACAAGGUCGUUACUUGGUUUACGUUGGUGGGGGAGAUAGGUGUAAGAGUAUGAACCAUUUCUUGUGGAGUUUCUUGUGUGCUUUAGGGGAAGCACAGUAUUUGAAUAGGACAUUAGUGAUGGAUUUGACUCUCUGUCUGUCUUCGGGUUAUACCUUGUCUGGUCAGAACGAGGAAGGGAAGGACUUCAGGUUUUACUUUGAUUUUGAGCAUCUGAAAGAGUCUGCUGCUUCUGUGUUAGACCAAGUGCAGUUUUGGACAGAUUGGGGGAAAUGGUAUAAGAAGAAUGGAUUAAACCUUCAUCUCGUUGAAGACUUGAGGGUCACACCGAUGAAGCUUGUUGAUGUAAAGGACACAUUGGUCAUGAGGAAGUUCGGGACUGUAGAACCAGAUAACUAUUGGUACAGAGUUUGUGAAGGCGAGACAGAAACUGUUGUGCAAAGGCCAUGGCAUCUAUUGUGGAAAUCUAAACGACUGAUGGAGAUCGUCUCUGCGAUUGCUUCCAGGUUAAACUGGGAUUAUGAUGCUAUUCACAUUGAGCGAGGGGACAAGGCAAGAAACAAGGAGGUUUGGCCUAAUCUUGAAAGGGAUACUUCACCAAGAUCCAUCUUACCUACCCUUCAGGACAAAAUUGAACAAGGAAGGAAUCUUUAUAUUGCAACAGAUGAACCAGAGGUAUCUUUCUUUAACCCUUUGAAAGAUAAGUAUAAACCCCAUUUUCUGGAUGAGUUCAAGGAUCUUUGGGACGAGAGUAGCGAAUGGUAUUCAGAGACAACGAAGCUUAAUGGAGGAAACCCAGUCGAGUUUGACGGUUACAUGAGAGCUUCUGUUGAUACAGAAGUGUUCUUGAGAGGGAAGAAGCAUAUUGAAACAUUCAAUGAUCUUACCAAUGACUGUAGAGACGGAAUCGGCACUUGCAACAUAGCAGCAAGCUGAUCUCUCUCUCUCUCUCUCUCUCUCGUAAGCAUUAUCAAAACUUGUUAUCAGAUAUGGUUGUUUGUUUGUAGGUUGAUAGAUGGCGUGAAAGACAUCUUGUUCCACUCGUUUCCGCUUUGGUAAUUGUAGAAAAGUUUUGUAUGUUCCGUAACUAAUUUAACGUUUCUUUUUAACUACUAGUAUGUACCUCUCUACAUCUUCGUUUUUU